UUAGAAAAUAUUGCAGAAAAAUAAUUGAAAACUCGUGAAAAUGACUCUGUACCAUUUUGGAAAUUGUUUAGCAUUAAUCUACGUACCAUACUAUCUCACAUACAAAUAUUCUGGGCUAUCCGAAUAUGGAGCCUUUUGGAAAUGCAUUCAGGCUGGAGCAAUUUAUGCUUUCACACAGCUCUGCAAGAUGCUGGUUCUGGCCACAUUCUUCCCCGAUACGGAAACUAUUUCCCUGUCAGGAGACUUCAAUGCCCUUGGGGAAUUUCUGAGGUGCACCGUGGAUAUUGCUGAUCUCAUGGGGCUAACUCUUGUACUAUCUCGAAUCCCCGGGAAGGGGCAUAGCAAGCUAAUCACAGCUGGAUUGGGCUGGGCCACGGCUGAACUAAUCUUGUCGCGAGCGCUCAUGCUCUGGGUGGGUGCACGUGGGGCGGAAUUCAGCUGGAUCUACAUCCAGAAGUGCCUGGAAUCGAAUAUUCUCCUCGUGCAGCAUCUCACCACGGCUACUCUUCUGUGGCUCUUUUCUCGUCAUGAUCUCGACAAGAAAUUCGCCCCUAUUGUGACAUUCCUCAUUGUUGCCACGACCUACAAAGGUCUCUGGCUCGAUGGGAUUCUCCAUAUCUUGCAUCUCGGUGCGUGGAAUUGCUUAGCCUUCAAGGCUCUCAUCACGUGCUCCAUGGGCAUCACUGCUGCCUCCAUCAUACCCGCCGUAUCCUCGUAAAUUUAAUUUAUUUGCAAUUAAGGCAAUUAAAAAAUCAUCAGAAAAUCCUUCCCGGAAGGAUAGGGAAGUUCUAAAAUAAAGGGAAUGUUUACAAAUCAAA